AUAACUUUUUUGAAAGUUAGGUUAUAAAACCUAGUUUUGUGAUCUAUGUUAGACAUAACCAGGAAAAUGCCAGGUUGGUAUUUUGAUAAAAAAGAACUGAAAAACACACCUUCAUCUCAAGAUGGGAUCGACUAUAAGACUGAAAUGCGAUAUCGUAAAGAGGGAGCCAGGCUGAUUAUAGAUACUGGUACAAAAAUGGAUUUAGGAUACAAUACAAUGGCAACGGGUGUAGUUUAUUACCACAGGUUUUACAUGUUUCAUUCAUUUAAACAGUUUCCUAGAUACGUCACUGCCUGUUGUUGUUUAUUCCUGGCUGGAAAAGUGGAGGAAACGCCUAAGAAGUGUAAAGACAUUAUAAAAACUGCCAGAAGUUUACUUAAUGAUCAUAAAUUUGCAACAUUUGGAGAAGACCCAAAAGAAGAGGUAAUGACUUUAGAAAGAAUUUUGCUUCAAACAAUCAAAUUCGAUUUACAAGUAGAGCAUCCUUAUCAGUACCUGUUAAAAUAUGCAAAAUGCCUAAAAGGUGACAAAGGUAAAUUGCAAAAGAUGGUUCAAAUGGCUUGGACCUUCGUAAAUGAUAGUUUAUGUACCACAUUAUGCCUCCAGUGGGAACCUGAGAUAAUUGCUGUAGCAUUAAUGUACUUGGCUGGAAAACUUAGUAAAUUUGAAGUCAUAGACUGGAUAGGCAGGAAUUCUAAACAUUGCAGAUGGUGGGACAUGUUUGUAGAAGAUGUUACCAUGGAUUUAUUAGAGGACAUAUGUCAUCAGGUUUUGGAUUUAUAUUCGCAAUCAGAUACAAAUCCUCCAGACAGUCCCCCACUUGCUCAAAAAGGGCCACAAACACCAUCACCAAUACCAACAAGAACUUCAAAUGGUCACGAAAAACCUUCUUCACCUGAACAGCCUCCUCCGGUUGUCAAAAUACCGCCUCAUCCCGAAGUGCCCCAAUUUCCUUACCAAACUUUUACUUGCGGUCCCCCACCUACAGCUGUAUAUCCUGCUCCAGUUGCAACAUUCGCGGCGCCACCAACCACACACCCCCCUCAUCUAACGGGUCCGCCACCUGGACCACCUCCUCACAUUACAGCUCCUCCACCAAACGUGUUUCCACCAUUUGUAAACCAUCCUCCACCAUUUGCUCCUCCGCCUGGAGUGCCUGCUGCAGCUCCUCCACCAUUUUUCCCUGCAAAUGCCCCUCCACCCACACAACCUCCAUCACACAGGCCAUUCUAUGCGCCUCCUACGUAGUUUUCCAUUUUCAUGAUUUUAUAGAACAAAAAGUUAGGAAUAUUAACCCUAAUAUGUUUUGUAAUUUAAGAGUUCCAUUAUUCACAAUUUGACCAGAUUUAGACAAUUCAUUGCAUUUUUUCAGUUUUGCGUUUGAAGUUUGUGAUUUUGUGACUCCACCCACAAUUCAUCUUAAAGUCUGGAACAUUUAUAAAGUUUUUUAUUGUUUUGUAAAACGAAUUACUGGUUUACGUAGCACUGUUGUAAACUUACAGAUGUUUGAAAUGUGUCGAAUACAUUUUAAAUAUGUUGAAAUAAGUUAAGUAUUAAGUACUUUAGUUUUAAGAUGUGAUAUUUUUUACUAAUGUAAAAAAUGGUUACUUCAAACAGUUGGAUUUUUUGUUAUUUUGUAAAUUUCAUAAAUUAUUUUAAAACAUAUGUAAAUGAAAGAUAUAUCUUGUAAGAUACAAAUGUAUUAACAAUAUAUUUUUAUC